UUAUGUUUGGGAUUCAAAUAACUCGUUACUUAACUUCACGAUGAUGCAGACUUACCCGGACUACUUUGACUACUAUAAUAUCCACACCUUAUCUGGUCGCCGGGGCAUCGUCCCAACUGAUGUGGAGAAACCACCAAAUCCACCAAUUUAGUUUUUGGUGCCGGUUUUGGCUCUCCCACCGCCCGAGCACUUCCGAGGGUAUUCCGCAUCCGCGAAAUUUUCUCUUUGCCCGGCUUCCCCGUGUGCUCUUCUCCAGCUUCAACCUUUUCCCUCCAUCCUACCAAUUCUUUCUUAAUCGGGUCUUUUUUUGGGUUCCCUUUUUCUUGUCCUGGGUACGGGGUCGGGUUGUAUUCGAUUCAAUUGCCCUUGUCCUUGUAUCAU